UAAAUGUAUCUCUCGUCUUCUCCACAGGCUGGUGUGUCCAGAUGACCCAUCAGGAGCAGCAGGAGAUCCUGUUUAUGGAGAGACUGGAGGCAGCUCUGUCCUGGAUGCAGGCCGUCCAGGAGAGGCUCCGGGUCAACGACAACACCCAGGGCCCCCGGGCCGCCCUGGAGGCCAGACUCAGAGAGACAGAGGUGAGAUUCAACCCUAACUAACUACUGACACUACUAACUACUGACACUACUAACUACUGCCGACACUAACUACUACAGACACUAACUACUACUGACACAGGCUCAGAGAGACAGAGUGAGACCCAAUCCUAACCACUGACUUAGGGUCAAAGACCUGUUUCACACCAUUGAGCCAGCCUGAACCAUAGUGUGCAGGCUCGGAUACAUCUUUUCACAUUGUCCUUUCCAGUAUGGUUUGUGGUUAUGGCAGUCCUCAACCGACCUCUCACCUUUAACCCCUGUAAUACAGUAGAACCCUGGUAUGUGAAACCAGAGCCAGCCUCUACAUUAAUCCAAUUCCAACUUUCCUUUUUUGUUCAGUUGCUUCCACCAUUCUCUCAGGUUCGUUUCCCUCGAGGGAAGCUUCUGUAUGCUUGAUCACAUUAUUAUCUGUCAGCCCAAAAUUCAUGAUCUCAUCAAGCCUCUCCUGUGUGUUAUUGGUGGUCAGAAAAUCCACCAGUCGGAGCACGAGGGUCGUGUGAAGAUGGACAAAAUGCUUGUGGCCGCAGAGGUCUUACUGCAGAACGGAGACCAGGAGGCCAGGAACAUCACCCACGCCAGACUCAAAGACCUCAAAGCAUUAUGGGAGGAAACCUGCACUUUCAUCAUCCACUGCCACAGGUAGGCUAGCUCCUGACUCCUCCAUGACCCCUCCAUGACCCCUAUGACCUCCCAUGACCUCUAUGAGAGCUGAAAUUGGCAUGUCAAUUACUAUAAUGUUUCUUUAAAAAAAAAACGCCAUUAGUAUUAAGCCUCCACUCUCUUUCAGAGAGAGAGUUGUCUGUUUUAUUGUCUGUAAACAACAGGAUAUAUUACCAACACAUGGAUAAUGUAGGUAUGAGUGAAUACAUUCCUUCCAGUCGUUUAUAUAUAUAUAUAUAUAUAUAUAUAUAUAUAUAUAUAUAUAUAUAUAUAUAUAUAUAUAUAUAUAUAUAUAUAUAUAUAUAUAUAUAUAUAUAUAUAUAAUUUAUUUAUUAUUAUUUUUGUAUUAGUAUUUAUUAUGGAUCCCCAUUAGCUGCUGCCAAGGCAGCAGCUACUCUUCCUGGGGUCCAGCAAAAUUAAGGCAGUUCAUACAUUUUAAAAACAUUACAAUACAUUCACAGAUUUCACAACACACUGUGUGCCCUCAGGCCCCUACUCCACCACUACCACAUAUGUACAGUACAAAAAUCCAUGUGUACGUGUGUGUAUAGUGUGUAUGUUAUCGUGUGUGUGUAUGCAUGUGUCUGCGCCUAUGUUUGUAUUGCUUCACAGUCCCCGCUGUUCCAUAAGGUGUUUUUUUUAGUCCGUUUUUUAAAAUCUAAUUUUACUACUUGCAUCAGUUACUUGAUGUGGAAUAGAGUUCCAUGUCGUCAUGGCUUUAUGUAGUACUGUGCGCCUCCCAUAGUCUGUUCUGGACUUGGGGACUGUGAAGAGACCUCUGGUGGCAUGUCUUGUGGGGUAUACAUGGGUGACCGAGCUGUGCGCCAGUAGCUCAAACAGACAGCUCGGUGCACCCAACAUGUCAACACCUCUCAUAAACACAAGUAGUGAUGAAGUCAAUCUCUCCUCCACUUUGAGCCAGGAGAAAUCGCAUGCAUAUUAUUAAUAUUAGCUCUCUGUGUACAUCCAAGGGCCAGCCGUGCUGCCCUGUUCUGAGCCAAUUGCAAUUGCAAAAAGUCAUUUUUUGUGGCACCUGACCACACGACUGAACAGUAGUCCAGUUGUGACAAAACUAGGGCCUGUAGGACCUACCUUGUUGAUAGUGCUGUUAAGAAGGUAGAGCAGCGCUUUAUUAUGGACAUACUUCUCCCCAUCUUAGCUACUUUUGUAUCAAUAUGUUAUGGCCAUGACAGUUUAAAAUCCAGGGUUACUCCAAGCAGUUUAGUCACCUCGACUUGCUCAAUUUCCACAUUAUUUAUUACAAGAUUUAGUUGAGGUUUAGGGUUUAGUGAAUGAUUUGUCCCAAAUACAAUGCUUUUAGUUUUAUAAAUAUUUAGGACUAACUUAUUCCUUGCCACCCACUCUAAAAACUAACUGCAGCUCUUUGUUAAGUGUUGCUGUCAUUUCAGUUCCUGUAGUAGCUGACGUGUAUAGUGUUGAGUCAUCUGCAUACAUAGACACUCUGGCUUUACUCAAAGCCAGUUGCAUGUCAUUAGUAAAGAUUGAAUAAAGUAAUGGGCCUAGAGAGCUGCCCUGGGGAAUUCCUGAUUCUACCUGGAUUAUGUUGGAGAGGCUUCCAUUAAAGAACACCCUCUGUGUUCUGUUAGACAGGUAACUCUGUAUCCACAAUAUAGCAGGUGGAGUAAAGCUAUAUCACAUAUGUUUUUCCAGCAGCAGACUAUGAUCAAUAAUGUCAAAAGCUGCACUGAAGUCUAACAAAGCAGCCCCUACAAUCUUUUUAUCAUCGAUUUUUCUCAGCCAAUCAUCAGUCAUUUGUGUAAGUGCUGUGCUUGUUGAAUGUCCUUCUCUAUAAGCAUGCUGAAAGUUUAUUGUCAAUUUGUUUACUGUAAAAGAUUAACUGUAAGUCGCUCUGGAUAAGAGCGUCUGCUAAAUGACUAAAAUGUAAAUGUAAAUGUAUCUGGUCAAACACAAUUUUUUCCAAUAGUAUACAAUUUUUUCAAAUAGUUUGUUAAUUACAAAGUCACAGCAGAAGGUCUUGUUUUUCUUUUUAAAGCCAUAUAGCUACACAUAUCAGAGUUUUCUGAGGUCUAUUGUUUGUCUUGAAUAUGCCUUCAUAAAUGCUUAAAUAUUUCAUAAUGAAAUACUUACUGAAAAUAGUAUAUAAAUAGUUUAUAAAUCAUUUAUAAAUGCUUGUUCAUGAUAGUUCAUGAUUAUAAAGUGUUAGCUACCAUUCCAUCUCCUCUUUCCCCAGCCGUAUAGAGUGGGUGUGGCUGCACUGGAGUGAGUACCUGAAGGCGUAUGAGGAGUUUGAAAUAUGGCUGGUCCACGUGCGUCGCAGUCUGGAGCCGGAGGUUGAGCUGCAGCUGGGUGUGAAGGAGAAAUUGUGGCAGGUGAGCAAACACACCUUGUGCUUGGUGUCAACAAUAGUGACAUUUAGCCAGGGGAAGAAAGGUCUGUAAAACUCAAGAGUGAAAGCGUGAGUGACGAGGAUAGGGUGUGGUUUUAAAUGGACACACAAACUGAAUAUAAAGUAAUACUACUGGUACCGUUUCAGUAGCCUAGCCUGAACUGUGUUCAUAGACUGUUGGAUUCCUACUUCUUGUAGGAAGCCAUCUUUGAGUUCGUAGUUGAAAACCCUAGCCACACCUAGCCACAUCAAUUGAACCAAUGAAUGCUGCCUAUAGAAGAGCUAGCUUGCUGAUGCACCAAGUUCCAGGUGGAAAGUAUCCAAUGGGUCGUACUUGAAUUAUGGUGGCAUUUGGGCAUGGCAUUUUGGAAAGAAUUAACUUCAUUUUUCUACAUUUGUAUUUAUUUAAAUGUAUUUGGGUACAUCUUCUCAUUCUAACUGAACUAAUAUGGUAGCAAAAUUUCUUUUAAAUAAUUUGUAUCAUUUAAGAUAACAUUGUGCCACCAGUUAGAGUAGUAAAUAUUUUGUUGUUGGUAAAUGAGGAUUUUCUGAAAUGGAGGCAAGAAAUGCUCAAAUCUAAGGUCAUCAUUUCUUUAAAAAUAAUUUACUAAAGUGAUAUGAUAAAUCAUUUUGCUCACAAUGUUAUUUCCCUUCAUUUAAAUUGACUAACACCAAGUGACACUUUGGAUUUAGACACACCAAAUGAUCAAUGGAAUCCUCAAAUUUAGGACAUACUAAAAGGGUGUGAUUAGCAAAUAAUUUUCUUUAAUAUAGACCCCUCCCCCGAUAACAGUUUGCCACUGGAGGGAAUGAUCAAGGUCCUUGUAUAUCUUUGUAAUGAGUGAUUUUCAAGGUGAUAACACCAAUGACAUAAAACUGAGGGACAAACGUUAUACUAGUAAAAGAAAAGAAGGUAUUUUAAUAGCCUUCUUUGUUUGUAUUGAUCUAUACCUGAUCUAUACAAUAGAUUAAAUACUUUUGUUUACUUUCUAGCACUCAAAUUAAUAGAUACACUAUAUAUACAAAAGUAUGUGGACUCCCCUUCAAAUUAGUGGAGUCGGCUAUUUCAGCCACACCCGUUGCUGACAGGUGUAUAAAAUCGAUCACACAGCCAUACAAUCUCCAUAGACAAACCUUAGCAGUAGAAUGGCCUUACUGAAGAGCUCAGUUGUCCGGGCUAGGCCCCUUAGUUCCAGUGAAGGGAAAUCUUAACGCUACAGCAUACAAUGACAUUCUAGACGAUUCUGUGCUUCCAACUUUGUGGCAACAGUUUGGGGAAGGCCCUUUCCUGUUUCAGCAUCACAAUGUCCCCGCGCACAAAGCAAGGUCCGUACAGAAAUGGUUUGUGGAGAUCUGUGUGGAAAACUUGACUGGCCUGCACAGAGCCCUGACCUCAACCCCAAUAAACACCUUUGGGAUGAAUUGGUACGCCAACUGCGAGCCAGGCCUAAUCGCCCAACAUCAGUGCCCGACCUCACUAAUGCUCUUGUGGAUGAAUGGAAGCAAGUCCCCGCAGCAAUGUUCCAACAUUUAGUGGAAAGCCUUCCCAGAAGAGUGGAGGCUUAUGUAGCUGCAAAGGGGGGACCAACUCCAUAUUAAUGCCCAUGAUUUUGGAAUUAGAUAUUUGACGAGCAGGUGUCUACAUACUUUUGGUCAUGUAGUGUGUCUCUAAAUCCCCAAAACAUGUCACUACAACUCUACACAUCACUACUGGGACAAGCCAAUGUGCUUACCCCAAUCCCUUUAAAUAACGCAUAAACAUAAGGUUUUGCAGUAGAAAGGACUUGCAUUAUGUUUUAUUAUUGAUAAACAGUUCAAUAUAAACUAAAACAUGUAUGCCAUUUUAAAGUGUUUUUCAGGGAUGCAAAGGCAAGGGACGCAAAUGCCACCGUAAUUCAAAAGCGACCCUAAUGUAAUGUAAUCUAACGUGUGUCUCUGUGUGUGUGUGUGUGUGUGUGUGUGUGUGUGUGUCUGUGUGUUCCAGGUGGACAACCAGCGUGUCCUGCUGAGUGACGUCCAGAGCCAGGCACUGCUGCUGGAGAGGCUGGUGGACGAGGCUGCAGCGCUGCACAACCGCAUCCAGGACCCCAGUGUGGACCAGAAUGCACAGGAGCAACUCCAGCAGGCCUAUAACAGCAUACGGGACAGGGCUGAGGUGUGUGUGUGUGUGUGUGUCUGUGUGCAGUACAACGGAGGCUUUCUGAUGACUCUCGUUCAAAAUCUUUCCAGCUAUCCCCUCGAUUUCUCUGCACAAAACCCAGGCUAGCAUUCCUGUAUAGAGCUAUGGUAUAGAAUGUGUACACCACAAUUACUGUCAGUGUAGGCUAUAUAGCAAACAUAAUGUAAUGAUUGAAACCAUGAUAGACAGCUGCAGAGUACAGUAACUUCUACGUUCUCAGAAUUAAGUCUGUCUCUCUGAAUGUUGUUGGUAAAUACUCUUCCAUUUUUGCUAAGCUUUCUUUUGUUGUAUAGUUCCUUUAUUCUCUUCUGUAGUAGUCACACAAUCAAGACAAUGCCGUUCCUGUUUCUAUUUGCGUUUCAUGUAGCUCUUUGAAACAUCUGACAGGACAGAGCCCAACAAUAGUCCUCUCCUCUAUCUUUCUCUCUUUUCAAAGGCUCUUUCAGCGCUGCUGGCCCGUUUGAACAUGCUUUAGCUCAUGGCAGAGCCGUGUGUUUGCUCCAAGGGGGAAUGUCAUUUUAAUGAUUGAUGUUCUCUUUCAUAUGGAAGUUGGUGCUUAAUAGAGGGGCACAUUUUUUUUCCUCUACAGUUUGAACGAAGCUGGAACCAGCUAGUUCUAAUCUAACUGAAUAAGAUGCUAUUCUGAAUAAGAUGCUAUUCUAUUAUUCACCAGUACACCAAUGAGGUUUCUUUAUUCAAAGCAAUUUGCAUUUAUCUGCUCCAAAUUUAUAUGAGUUUCUUUCAUUUUAAUAGCCCUGUCUGUGGUUCUGUUAUUAUCAUAGAGCAUCGUGGACCCCAGGAAGAGGAAGUGCUGCUUCAGCAGUAGCAAAUGGGGAUCCUCAUAAAAUAGUAAAUACUAAAUCAUAGGGCGUCUGUUUUUUUUUCUUAUUAUUUACUUGGCUUUAAAGGGGCAAUCUGGGGACUCCCAAGUGGCGCAGUGGUCUAAGGCACUGCAUUGCAGUGCUAGCUGUGCCACUAGAGAUCCUGGUUCGGAUCCAGGCUCUUUCACAGCCGGCCGCAACCGGGAGACCCAUUGGGCGGCGCACAAUUGGCCCAGCAUCGUCCAGGUUCGGGGAGGGUUUGGACGGCAGGGAUGUUCUUGUCCUAUCACGCACUAGCGACUCCUGUGGUGGGCUGGGUGCAGUGCACGCUGAUACGGUCGCCAGGUGUACAGUGUUUCCUCCAACACAUUGGUGCGGCUGGCUUCUGGGUGAAGCGGGCAUUGUGUCAAGAAGCAGUGCAGCUCGGUUGGGUUGUGUUUCGGAGGACGCACGGCUCUCGACAUUCGCCUCUCCCGUGUCCGUACGGGAGUUGCAGCGAAGGGACAAGACUGUAACUACCAAUUGGAUACCACGAAAAAGGGGUAAAAAAAAAAAUAUAGGGGGAAAUCUGGGAUUUGAAAAACAACAAUCAAUGGCUAUAUCAACAGGAAAGGCUGUCGGUGCUGCAGAAGAUGGCUGAAGAGCACCAGAUGUACCAGAGCGACGUGCUGAAGUUCCAGUCCUGGCUGGUGUCCAAGACUAAGGAGCUCAACACCCUCACUGAGACUGAGGACACAGCCGAGAACAAACUCCGAGCCCUACAGGUGAGAGAAGUACACCCUAGUCACAUGACUUCUGGGAGGGACAGGUGAGAGUUCACUCUGGUCACAUCACUGUUCUUUUAUUCAUCGCUUUUAUUGCCUUCAGUUUUUUUUUUUUAUCUCCAUCAUUUCAUUGUUUUACUAUGAAGUGUGUUGCAAUUUUAAAUGUAUUUUAAAUCAAGUUUGAUUUGACUUGAUUUGAUUCUGCUGGGAGGGACACAUACCAUGCUGUGAACAACCUGUAAUCUCCUUUGGGAGAAGAGUAGAGAAUCAGGGAUGUAGCUCAGUUGGUAGAGCAUGGCGUUUGCAACGCCAGGGUUGUGGGUUCGAUUCCCACGGGGGGCCAGUAUGAAAACAAAUAAAAAAUAAUAAUGUAUGCACUCACUAACUGUAAGUCGCUCUGGAUAAGAGCGUCUGCUAAAUGACUAAAAUGUAAAUGUAAUCAGGAUAACCCUCUCUCCUUUGUCAGACACUGGAUGACAGCGUGGCCAGUGAGGAGAGGACGCUGCAGCACAUCGAGGGAAUGGCGGAGGCGGUGCGGGCCAACACGUCCCCCAGGGGAGCGGAGGUGGUGGUGGAGGAAGCAGAGGAGUUGCGUCUGGACUGGCAGAGGCUGAGACAGAGCCUGUGUGAGGCCGGAGAGGGCCUGAAGAGCAGCAUGGACUCUCAGAGCCAGUACCAGAGCCGCUGCCAGCGCCUGGGGGAGGACAUCGUGCAGCUCCGGGCCCUGCUCCACAGACUGACCAGAGACCUGGAGACAGCCAGGGAUGGAGACAGGACCAGAGACCUGGAGACAGCCAGGGAUGGAGACAGGACCAGAGACCUGGAGACAGCCAGGGAUGGAGACAGGACCAGAGACCUGGAGACAGCCAGGGAGGGAGACAGGACCAGAGACCUGGAGACAGCCAGGGAGGGAGACAGGACCGAGGAACAGAUGGUUGGGCAGUGGAGGAAAUACACAGUGGGUUUGGUGUCUCUCUCUCUCUCUAUUCCUAUAUCCUCUCUCUCUCUCUUCCUAUAUCCUCUCUCUCUCUGACAGUUCUCUAUGUCACUUUCACUCCUCAACCCUAUGGUUUACAUCUUUAGUUACUAGCUACAACAAGGGUCUGACACUGCAUGGGUGGUUGCUCUAACUAUUGCCUGGCAGGAAUGGCCCUCUGGCUGAACGCCUGGGAGAAGUGUGGUGCAGAUGAGAGAGAAGAUAAUGAUUGUGGGCUGGUAUUGUAACCUCACAGUCAAAACGUGCAGGUGUGGUAGGGCAGGUUCCCACAGUCUAUGGAUGUGUAUUAAUAGUCUAAUGUGGCUUCCUUUUCUUAUCUAUUGUACUUCAUCCUCACUGAUGUGAAUAAAUGGGACAGAUGAAAUGCCUCCAUAGGCUUUCAGUACAUUGCUUUCACCUGUCCUGUCUGUUCAGCAGGUUACCGUUUUUCAUCAUGAAUCUUGUUAUGGAGGCAGCUCUGCGGAGUGGUCACUAGCUGGCAGAGCCACAAAGUCAUGAAAUCAGAUUUUAAACCUAACCUUAAACACACUGCUAACCCUAAAGCCUAACCCUAACCUUAAAUUAAGACCAAAAAGCACAUUUUAGUUUUCAUGAAUUUUUUACAAUCUAGACCAUUUUUACUUUGCAGCUGGCCUAUCUAAGGGGAAAUUGCUCAGUUCUGCCUCCAACACACGACUCAUGACAAUAAACGUCCACCUGCGUCUGUUCAGAUGAAUGAAGAUGGCGGCUAGGAAGCGAGGCUAGGAAGCGACGCUAGGAAGACACUUUAGACUAUUUAGAUCAGGCUGAGAAACCAAAGCUGGCAGAUGAGGCAAGCACUCAUUUAAUCCUCAACAAACAAAAGCAUUCUUGACAAUUCACCUCAGUAGAAUGAAAGCAGCAGGCACCAAGAGGCCUCCGAGGCUGUAAUUGGUUAAUUCUGGCAAAGGAGGAAAUUAAGUGGGCGUGCCCCAGGGGUCAAUGUACAGGCUGAACAAUCCUGUUCAGCCUGUACAUUAAUGAUCUGCCUUCUGUCUGUACUGGGUCUGAAGUUCAAAUGUAUGCAGAUGAUACAGUGAUAUAUGUGCAUGCAAAGAGCAAACAACAAGCUGCACAAUAACUCACUACUGUAACAGUCCAUGUUACAAAUGUUUGCAUCUCAAUGUGAAAAAAACUGUCUGCAUGUUGUUCACAAAGAGGGCAAAUGAUGCUACUGAGCCAGAUGUCUGUGUCAGGGGAGAAGAACAGUCUGCAUGUUGUUCACAAAGAGGGAAAAUGAUGCUACUGAGCCAAAUGUCUGUGUCAGGGGAGAAGCUCUAGGUGGUAUCCCUUUUUAAGUACCUUGGCAUCAUACUUGAUUCCAACCACUCUUUUAAAAAGCAGGUGAAAAAGGUAACUCAAAUAACCAAAUUCAACCUAGCUAAUUUCCAAUUCAUACGAAAUUGUUUGACUACAGAGGUAGCAAAACUGUACUUCAAUGCUAUGAUACUCCCCCACUUAACAUACUGCUUGACUAGUUGGGCCCAAGCUUGCUGUACAACAUUAAAACCCAUUCAGUCUGUCUACAAACAGGCUCUCAAAGUGCUUGAUAGAACCGCCCAAUAGCCAUCACCACUGUUACAUCCUUAGAAAGCAUGAACUCCUGAGUUGGGAAAAUCUUGUGCUAUACACCGACGCAUGUCUUGUAUUCAAGAUCCUAAAUGGCCUGGCUCCCCCUCCACUUAGUACUUUUGUCAAACGGACAAAACCCAAACCCAUGGCAGCAGAUCCACAAGGUCUGACAUGAGAGGUGACUGUAUAGUUCCCUUAAGGAAAAGCACCUUUUGGAAAUCUGCUUUCUCUGUGAGAGCUUCCCAUUUCUGGAACACACUGCCAUCAGACACACACAACUGCACCACAUAUCGCACCUUCACAAAAAACAUAAAGACAUGGCUAAAGGCCAAUCAGAGUUGUGAACAUAAUCCCUAGCUGUGUAUUUCUGCUUUCCAUGUUAUCUGUUGUCUGUAGCUUGUGAGGUGUGUAAACACUUUGUUGCUUUUAUGUAUUUUGUUUUGUUGCUAUUUCUCUGUCUGUUUGCUACGUGUUGCUAGUCCUAUGUUGCUCUGUCUGCGUGCUACGUGUUGCUAGUCCUAUGUUGCUCUGUCUGCGUGCUACGUGUUGCUAGUCCUAUGUUGCUCUGUCUGCGUGCUACGUGUUGCUAGUCCUAUGUUGCUCUGUCUGCGUGCUACGUGUUGCUAGUCCUAUGUUUCUCUGUCUGCGUGCUACGUGUUGCUAGUCCUGUGUUUCUCUGUCUGCGUGCUAUGUGUUGCUUGUCCUCUGUUUCUGUGUGCGUGCUACGUGUUGCUUGUCCUAUGUUUCUCUGUCUGCGUGCUACGUGUUGCUAGUCCUAUGUUUCUCUGUCUGCGUGCUACGUGUUGCUAGUCCUGUGUUUCUCUGUCUGCGAGCUAUGUGUUGCUAGUCCUAUGUUGCUCUGUCUGUCGGCAUGCUACGUGUUGCUUGUCCUAUGUUGCUCUGCAGGUGCUCACUGCUCAUUGUUUGUCUUUAUUGUUAUUGUAGAUAUUGGGCCCCAUGUAGCUCAGUUGGUAGAGCAUGGCGCUUGCAACGCCAGGGUUGUGGGUUCGUUUCCUACAGGGGGCCAAUAUGAAAAAAAAAACACAAAAAACAUGUAUGCACUCACUAACUGUAAGUCGCUCUGGAUAAGAGCAUCUGCUAAAUGACAAAAAUAUCAAAUGUAAAAUUGUAAUAGUUGUUAAUAACCUUCACAGGGACUGCGGUUGAAAAUUAGCCGGCUGGCUAAAACCGGCACUUUUACUAAAACGUUGAUUUAAUGUGCACUCACUUUAAAAAAAAUAUAAAAAAAUACAAAUCAUAUUCAAGUUGGUGUUUAUGCCAAUUUGGUUGUUAAUGAUGGUGUGUGAUUGUUUGGGUGUAGAAAAUGAGCUGCCAGGUGGUCUAGGCUUGUCUCUGGAUACGUCCCAAAUGGAUCCCUAUUUUCUUUAUAAUGAACUACUUUUGGCCAGGGCUCAAAGGGUCAUAUGCACUGUGAUGUGUUUUUUUAAUGUAUUUUUUUACUUUUCCUUAUUUCUCCCUGUUGGUAUUCCCCCACUCAGAACGUCCGGAAUACUUUGUUGGCAGAGGAAUCCCAGGUGGAGCACCUCAAGGCCCAGCUUAAAGAACUCUUCCGCUUUUCCCAAGAUUCCCGGCAUCUCUCUGACGACGUCCUGGCUGUGGUGAAGGAACAGCAGAGGUGAGUUGACAUGGAGUAUGUGUCCCAAAUGGAACCCUAUUCCCUAUUUAGCGCACUACUUUUGACUAGUAAUGGGGGGAAAAAAUCGAUACUUUGAUUCCAAGUAUCGAUUUGUAAAAAUAAAUGCAUAUUUUUUGCUAGGUAGCAUUAGCUAGCGCUAGUCAUCCUAUAGCUUGUUCUCCAUCUUGUUUUUAAAUAGUAAGCCAACAUGUUCUCAGUACUUGGUAAAAAGUAGUGAACUCAGAAUGCAUCAUUAUCCAUACUCUAAGAUACUUAAUAUUAUUGAAUGUUAGAGAGGUGGCAUCUGCCAUAUUUGCGCUCAAUCUCUCUUGUUCAGUGAUUACUAUUCAGUGAAGGAGAAGGGACAAGGAGAGGAAGAUGCGUUUUCAGACUAUUGAGAUUCACCUUCAGAGGGAUGGUUCAGCAGAUUUUGCAUAAGCCAACUGUCUAUAUAGGCCUAUUGAUGUGCUUUUUCUUCCAUAGGAUAUAAGGUUCCAUGCCUUUUCUAACUUGUCGUAACUCAUGUGACAGUUAGGAAUCCUAACACCUCUGUAGACAGGCAUGGUCUGAUAAAGGACAUAACCUAGUAUGUAUUAGGAUUGGGCGGUAUACUGUUGUUAGGUUCUAAAUAAACAGAGUAAAAAACUAACGGACAACUAGUCAAAGCUCAGACCAAGUUUAUUCACCUACUGGGUCAAACAGCUGCAUAAGACAAAGACAUGUUUACACGAGUACAUAUAUUUAUACCCUCUACUGGGCGGAGUCAACUCCUUGCACAUCUAGACAGCCAAUACCUAUCUGUUGCUAGGCAGGAACUUAAGUGAUGUGUGUAAUAAAACUGUUCCUUCUCCCUUCAUCUAACUUGACCUGAUCUCAGCCCACAUUCCUCAUUAAUCCACAGCUAUCCAACCUUAUCAGUGACCGCAACCAAGUGAUUUCCUUUUCCCUUACUUAGUGACUUUACAGACCCAUACUUCUUAUCCAACCUCCAUUGACCCCACCGUAUACAUUCCUCAUACAUUUAACCAUUAACUUCUGGUGUAGCAAAGUAUUUCAAACUACAACCCAACAGUCCCUCCUUUUUCAAUAGUAAUUCCAUACUGUUCAACAUCACAUAAACUUUGAAAUUACUUAUAAAUGAACAAAAAAUAAAACAUGAACAAAAAAUAAAACAUGAUUAACAUUCACAGUUGAUUUGUCUAUUUACAUCUCCGAUACUUAUGGCCUCUGAUCUAUAAUCAUACUAUGCACACUCUUAUUUCCAUCUCUCGUCGAACAACUGAUAAUGACAUUUCAACUGGAGCUUUUGACUUCCUCCAUUUCAGCUGGAGCUUUUGACUUCCUCCAUUUCAGCUGGAGCUUUCGACUUCCUCCAUUUCAGCUGGAGCUUUUGACUUCCUCCAUUUCAGCUGGAGCUUUUGACUUCCUCCAUUUCAGCUGGAGCUUUUGACUUCCUCCAUUUCAGCUGGAACUUUUGACUUCCUCCAUUUCCUCCUCCAGGUUCCUGAGAGAGUGAUAGCACAAGACUUGAAAAGCAAAAGAAACACAAAACAUAAUAAGUAUUAAUGAUGCGUUAAACUAUGCAUAAUUACAUAUGCAAAGAAAAACCGAAGUUUGAUAACAUGACGAUUCCCACUCUCUCUUCGCCUGCCUAUGCCUUCGGGAUACUUUUCUGCUGGGUUCCACAAAAAUGAAGGCCCUAAAAAAAUACUGUCUUCCUCCCUCGUUAAGCCACAGGUUAGAAAAAGUGUUUUAACGCCAUAUAAUUUUCACUUCUCUCCCCAUCUCCUCCUUCCUCCAUGGCCACCCGAUACAGUGAGGGGAAAAAGUAUUUGAUCCCCUGCUGAUUUUGUAGGUUUGCCCACUGACAAAGAAAUGAUCAGUCUAUAAUUUUAAUGGUAGGUUUAUUUGAACAAUGAGAGACAGAAUAACAACAAAAAAAUCCAGAAAAACGCAUGUCAAAAAUGUUAUAAAUUGAUUUGCAUUUCAAUGAGGGAAAUAAGUAUUUGACCCUCUCUCAAUCAGAAAGAUUUUUGGCUCCCAGGUGUCUUUUAUACAGGUAACGAGCUGAGAUUAGGAGCACACUUUUAAAGGGAGUGCUCCUAAUCUCAGUUUUUUACCUGUAUAAAAGACACCUGUCCACAGAACAAUCAAUCAAUCAGAUUCCAAACUCUCCACCUUGGCCAAGACCAAAGAGCUCUCCAAGGAUGUCAGGGACAAGAUUGUAGACCUACACAAGGCUGGAAUGGGCUACAAGACCAUGGGCUACAACAACAGUUGGUGCGAUUUUUCGCAAAUGGAAGAAACACAAAAGACCUGUCAAUCUCCCUCGGCCUGGGGCUCCAUGCAAGGUCUCACCUCGUGGCGUUGCAAUGAUCAUGAGAACGGUGAGGAAUCAGCCCAGAACUACACGGGAGGAUCUUGCCAAUGAUCUUUUAGGCAGCUGGGACCAUAGUCACCAAGAAAACAAUUGGUAACACACUAUGCCGUGAAGGACUGAAAUCCUGCAGCACCCACAAGGUCCCCCUGCUCAAGAAAGCACAUUAACAGGCCCGUCUGAAGUUUGCCAAUGAACAUCUGAAUGAUUCAGAGGAGAACUGGGUGAAAGUGUUGUGGUCAGAUGAGACCAAAAUCGAGCUUUUUGGCAUCAACUCAACUCACCGUGUUUGGAGGAGGAGGAAUGCUGCCUAUGACCCCAAGAACACCAUCCCCACCGUCAAACAUGGAGGUGGAAACAUUAUGCUUUGGGGGUGUUUUUCUGGCAAGGGGACAGGACAACUUCGCCGUAUCAAAGGGACGAUGGACGGGGCCAUGAACCGUCAAAUCUUGGGUGAGAACCUCCUUCCCUCAGCCAGUGCAUUGAAAAUGGGUCGUGGAUGGGUAUUCCAGCAUGACAAUGAUCCAAAAUACACGGCCAAGGCAACAAAGGAGUGGCUCAAGAAGAAGCACAUUAAGGUCCUGGAGUAGCCUAGCCAGUCUCCAGACCUUAAUCCCAUAGAAAAUCUGUGGAGGGAGCUGAAGGUUUGAGUUGCCAACUGUCAGCCUCGAAACCUUAAUGACUUGGAGAAGAUCUGCAAAGAGGAGUGGGACAAAAUCCCUCCUGAGAUGUGUGCAAACCUGGUGGCCAACUACAAGAAACGUCUGACCUCUGUGAUUGCCAACAAGGGUUUUGCCACCAAGUACUAAGUCAUGUUUUGCAGAGGGGUCAAAUACUUAUUUCCCUCAUUAAAAUGCAAAUACAUUUAUAACAUUUUUGACAUGCGUUUUUCUGGAUUUUUUUGUUGUUAUUCUGUCUCUCACUGUUCAAAUAAACCUACCAUUAAAAUUAUAGACUGAUCAUUUCUUUGUCAGUGGGCAAACCUACCAAAUCAGCAGGGGAUCAAAUACUUUUUUCCCUCACUGUAUAUACAUGUGCAGUGACCUUAAUCAACUUUACCUCAUCCUAAAUCAGCACUGUAUAUACGUUUCAACAUCAAUGCCCUCAGAAGGUGAUAUCUCUGCAAUGCUACCAAGGUAACCCCUGCUACCACUAACACUGCCCAUGAAGCAUACUUCAAAAUACCCCUCAUUUGCGCAGUAGUCCAGUUCCAUGCUGUUACUAAAGUAUGCUUCACCACUACUACUGCUCCUUCUGUUACUGUCCCUACAGCGACUGCCAUAAGAAUAGCUAUUGCAUUGACUCUGUCUCCUGCUCCUGAUCUUCUAUUGCCUUUGUGGUUCACUGAUAGAUCUAGGACUGAACCUUUCAGAUACUCCCUACCUCAAACUUUUACAGAUGCACAAUUGAGAGCAUCCUGUCAGGCUGUAUCACCACCUGGUAUGGCAACUGCACCGCCCGCAAUUGCAGGGCUCCCCAGAGGGUGGUGCGGUCUGCCCAACGUAUCACCGGGGGCACACUGCCUGCCCUCCAGGAUACCUACAGCACCCGAUGUCACAGGAAGGCCAAAAAGAUCAUGAAGGACAUCAACCACCCGAGCCAUGACCUGUUCACCCCACCCCGAUUGGCGCAGUGGUCUAAGGCACUGCAUCGCAGUGCUAGCUGUGCCACUAGAGAUCCUGGUUCGAAUCCAGGCUCUGUCGUAGCCGGCCGCGACCGGGAGACCCAUGGGGCGGCGCACAAUUGGCCCAGCGUCGUCCAGGGUAGGGGAGGGAAUGGCCGGCAGGGAUGUAGCUCAGUUGGUAGAGCAUGGCGUUUGCAACGGCAGGGUUGUGGGUUUGAUUCCCACGGGGGGCCAGUAUGAGAAAAAAAAAAUUUAAUAAUGUAUGCACUCACUUAACUGUAAGUCGCUCUGGAUAAGAGCGUCUGCUAAAUGACUAAAAUGUAAAUGUAAAACACCCUUGUUACAGUGUAAACUUUGGGUCCAAACGGUUGAUACGCAGCCACCUUCUGACACUUUCCUGCUGGCGGUUUGGAAUGAGGGAGACAUUAGUGCCGUUGGAAGAGUUUCCAAACUCUGAGUCACAUGUUCCCUGCAGGAGAUGUGAUGCUAUUAUUACAGCAAACCUCCCUUCCGGUGAGGUGGCCUCCUGUAUACAGGGAUCUGUGGCUAUUCUUUCAAGCGUUGUACCUUCUUUGACGAACCCCUCACUGAAAGUUGACAAUGGUGUCUGAAAUGACAACACUAUCUCUGCUGCUCUCACCAUGAUCUGGGUAGGUGUGACGUUCAAUUUAACGUCAUAGUAGUCUCUAUAUUGUGCACAGUUAGCUGUCCUCCCUCUCCUACCUGUAUCACUAUACAUAGAGGAGUGGUAUCGUUCCUCAGAGACUCUAUUACCCACUUCCUUAAUUUAUGAGCCACACAGAUCUCCGCCCCAGUCACAUUCCAUUCCGCUCUCCCAAUUCCCUGUGACGUUAACGCCUUGGUUUUUGGGACUCCAUAGAAUACACUGAUAUCAGUCCUGCUAGAAUCUGCAACUAACACCCUUAUGCAAACAUUCUGUCUCAAACACAGGCCCCUUAUAUGUACCUUGCCUCCGGCCACAAAUACAUUUGCACAUAAAUCAUUCCAUCUAACCCAUAACACAUUAGUCACUACUGCUAGUCCACUUAUAUAGUUAUAAACUUACUAAAACAUGCUCAAGUCAAUUAGUCAAUUUCCAACAAUACCUCAUCUGGAAUUGAUCACUCUCAUGUUCUACAACACCUAGGAAACAUAUUGACUUGAACAGGGAAGAGAGACGAUACAUGUUUAAUAAUUUCACACCACCGUUGAUGAGAAUGAGAUUGGGGCAAGAACGUCCAUCCGUUCUGUUCUAUGCCAAUGGGAUGCUAGUCUCCAUGCCAGUCUCUGUCCAUCCAUUCUGUUCUAUGCCAAUGGGAUGCUAGUCUCCAUGCCAGUCUCUGUCCAUCCGUUUGUGAGUGUUUUUUAUAGGGCAGGGCAGCUCUAACCAACAUCUCCAAUCUCAUCUCAUUGAUUGGACUCCAGGUUAGCUGACUCCUGACUCCAAUUUGCUUUUGGAGAAGUCAUUAGCAUUGGGGUUCACAUACUUUUCCCAACCUACACUGUGAAAGACAGAAUAAAGUGUCUCACAUGAUUAAAAAAACCCCAAGGUUUUCUGAACUUGCAAGGAGUGUUUGGCCUGGUAAUUUUAACCUUUUAGAAUCCAUUUCCCUGGCAUUUCGCAUAGAUUCUUCCAACCCCAAAAUUGGCUCCACACCCCUCGCCAUGUAACAAUAUCCGGGUAUUGUUACUGGUCCUAUGAUCAGAGACAUGGGUAGUAGUCGUAUCGCUUUCGAUUCUGCCCCUGUUACCCUGCUGAAUGUAAUACUUUUCCCUGUUGUAAAUUUACCCUAUUUCGAGCUCCCUUGCCUCGCUACACUCACUCUUCCAUUGACCAACAGCCCCACACCUAAAACAGGGCUCUGAUGCUUUGCGCCUUGGGACGAAUUCACUGCCCUUUCCUCUCUGUUUCUUUUGUCUUUCACCACUGUUAGUGACUUUCAUUGUGGCUGUAUUAACCACACGCACGGCUGCGAAGUGAUCGCAAUUAGAUUCAACUCUCAAAGCCUCCUGCUCUAUUUCAUCCCAAUGAAAAUGUUGGUCCACUACCCUUGCAAUAGCCAUUUGGAUAACAGGUUUCAAACCUGCCAUCAAAGCAGACGUACACAUUCUAUCAAUGUACUCACGUACCCAGUCUUUUUGCAGCUGAGUACAUCUACUAAUUUUGGUUUUAUCGGUUUUUCUUUUUUGAUAGAACGCUGACAUCAAAACGCUGGUGUAUUGAGCUUUUGAUUAUUAUUUUAUGUCAUUGUGCCAAGUUCACAAUUGCAUCUCUGAAUUCUUUAUUAGAUUGGAAUUUUCCAUCAGCAGGGAAAUGCUGACCAAUUUUAUCCAGUUUGCUCAAUUCUUCCCACAUUCGAGCCAAAUUGGUAGAAUGCUCGUGCGCCUCUUUCAGCGCCUCUAUGGCUUUAUUAAACGUUUCUUCCUCUAGUCCCCCUUUACAGGGAGAAUCGGGGCCACCGGUCGCCAUUUCAAUAGUUAUUAUUCCGACGCCUCUCCCAACGGUGUCCAGAGUGUUUCUAUUUCCUCCCCCACGGCUCUAAUACACGCCAAUUUUAACUAUAUACACUACCGGUCAAAAGUUUUAGAACACCUACUCAUUCAAGGGUUUUUCUUUAUUUUUACUAUUUUCUACAUUGUAGAAUAAUAGUGAAGACAGCAAAACUAUGAAAUAACACAAAUUGAAUAAUGUAGUAACAAAAAAAAGUGUUAAACAAAUCUAAAUAGAUUUUAUAUUUGAGAUUCUUCAACAAAAAAAAAAAGGCAAUGUACAAGCUGAAAUUUUCCUCUGACUCAGUGUAAAUAUCUUACAAAAUCUCUACAGUAAACUUGGUCUUUGCAUGAAAAGCACCAUAUCUAAUCUGUCGUAAACUCAUUUGCUUUGUCCCCGUGCAGUGUGAAGUGUCGUGCUAUGAAGCUGUGUGUGGAGUCAGAGUUGGGGCUGAGACAAGUGCUGCAGGACCCUCUGCAUGGAUUCUCUCAGUGGAGCCAGCUGGUCUCUCAAGUGUUGGAGUCCUCUGCUGAAGUGUCUGAGUUCUCACACAUCGCCAUGCUGGUGCAGAACAUCGAGGUAGGAACACUGCACUGCACUGCAGACUGCUACUGAUUUAAUAAACUAUUAAAUGUGUUUUGAUCGUGUGCUUAAAAAUUGAAUCCUUAAUGGUGAAAAUGCCUCGUCCGUUUGAGAUAUUACAACAACAAAGAAGUUAUUGCAAAAAACGAACACAGUUUUUUUCCCAUCAGACAUCAUUGCAUGCACGAUAGAACAGUAGAAUAUGUACUGCAAUUAUUUUUUUACACACUGCUCGACGCACCUCACCUUCAAUUCGUUCACAAAACAAAAACAACAGAGGUGCUGGGGCGGAGAGUGGCGCUGUUUCCCCUAAUGCGGAUUCCAUCUUUAGAAGGGACGUAGACAAACCGCUAAACCAUUUAAUACAGUAAGAGUCACUCCCAUCAAUCAAACAGCUAAACCAUUUAAUACAGUAAGAGUCACUCCCAUCAAUCAAACAGCUAAACCAUUUAAUACAGUAAGAGUCACUCCCAUCAAUCAAACAGCUAAACCCUUUAAUACAGUAAAGUAAAAUGCAUAUAGAAAAAGUACAACGCAUAUUUACAGCAAGAGUCACUCCCAUCAAUCAAACAGCUAAACCAGGAUUGUGUUCAUAAGGGGAACCUUAAUGUCUGAAAAUCCAAACUUAGUAAUAAUAAUAAUAAUAUGCCAUUUAGCAGACGCUUUUAUCCAAAGCGACUUACAGUCGUGCGUGCAUACAUUUUUGUGUAUGGGUGGUCCCGGGGAUCGAACCCACUACCUUGGCGUUACAAGCGCCGUGCUCUACCAGCUGAGCUACAGAGGACCACAAGUAACUGUGGCCCUUAAGGCCUGGAGACCUCCUCUUUAAUAACGAAAAGAGAAAAGCAGAUGAUCUACAUUUUUACAUUUUAGUCAUUUAGCAGACGCUCUUAUCCAGAGCGACUUACACGAGCAAUUAGGGUUAAGUGCCUUGCUUAAGGGCACAUCGACAGAUUUUUCACGUAGUCGGCUCGGGGAUUAGAACCAGCUACCUUUCGGUUACUGGCACAACGCUCUUACCCACUAAGCUACCUGCCGCUCUUACAACGCUCUUACCCACAAAUCUACAUUAUUCAUGGUACCUUAAUUAGGCCUGCUAGGGAAAUCUAAUCAGCCCUACAUACAGUACUGGAACUGGACAUAGAUUGGCUUAGAAUGCGUCCCAAAUGGCACCAUAAUCUCUAUUUGGUGCACUAUUUUUGACCAGGGUGCCGUUUGGGAUGCAUUCUAGCCUUCUCUAUCAGAAAAUGGAAUCGCUCCUCCACUGUGGACAGAAGAAAAUGACUUCCUCCCUAUAUAAACUCCCCUCCAGACAUGGGAGUAAUGACAGCACAGGCCAGGGAGCUCAAUCAAUCCCUGAUCUGUGAAAAAGAAGAUCUGAGGAUCAUGCUUGCUAUACUUUGACACAGAGGAAUGUGUAAUCUAUCUACUAGAGGCACAUAUUUCUACUACACAUACCUUUCAUCUGUGGUGUGUUCCCUCUUUAAAUCCCUCUUUAAAUCCCUCUUUAAAUCAUCAUUCUUUAAAUCAUUCUUUAAAAAUUCUUUAAAUCCCUCUUUAAAUUCCUAUUUAAAUCAUUCUUUAAAACAUUCUUUAAAUAAUUAUUUAAAUCCCUCUUUAAAUUCCUCUUUAAAUCCUUUUUUAAAUCGUUAUUAAAAUCCCUCUUUAAAUCCCUAUUUAAAUCCUUAUUUAUCACCCCCUUUUUUUCUCUCCUUCCCCAUAUCAAUCUCCCCUGACCCUCUUUUACUCUCUUCCAUCUACACACUUACAAUUUUCUUGCUUUAUCCCCUGCCUAUAUUUUAUUUUUGUAUUUCCCCUCACUGUUUUUCCUUUUCUGACCCCCCCCCCCCCUCUACAGAGGUUGCUGAAGCACAGUCUGCAGCUGCAGGACCGGUUGCAUCUGAUGCAGUUGAAGAGAGAUCUGCUGGGUUCAGUGUUCGGCUCAGACAGAGCAGAGAGUCUAAUGACCGAGCUCAAUGCCACCGUGAGGAACAGGGAGUUACUGCACAGCCAGCUGCUGCAGAGGAAAGGAAGACUGCAGGUGUGUGUGUGUGUGUGUGUGUGUGUGUGUGUGUGUGUGUGUGUGUGUCAUAGGGCUCUGGUCAAAUGUAGUGCAUUAUAAGGGAAUGUGGUGCCAUUUGAGAUGCAACCCCUAAAUUCUGAUAUGUCCUUUCUUUAGGGUUUGAUCUCAAGGACAAAGGACUUUGGGGACACCUACGAGUCAAUCAGGAACAAGCUGACCCUGCUGAGAGACAGACUGAUCUCAGCAGACAGCCUCCAGACAGAUAUACUGGCCAAGAAGAGCCAUUCAGACCAGCUACGGGUGGGUCACUCACUGCCAUGGAGAUCCUAUGAUUCACAAGUUCAUUGUUUCAUACAAUAUAUUACCACAUUUGAUCAGUUUCUAGAAUGAACGUUUUCCUGACCAAGAUGGCCGAUUUAUUUAUGUUGCCAAUGUCCAUUCUAGUGUUCUAUUUAAUUCUGUGCUCACGGUAAUCUAUACCUGUGUCUCUCAAACGCUACUGCUUGUGUCCUCUCUCAGGUGAUCAAGAAGGACUUGAAGGACUGUGAGGCCCACAUCACAGCUCUGGAGACUCUGGUGUCAUCUAGCUCCGCUAACAGGACCCAGUUUGAGAUGCUGUACGGGGACUGGAGGAUCCUUUACAAGGCCAUCAGGGUAAGACUGGCUCUGAGAGAGACGGCAACUCCAUGCUUUCCUCACAGGUUCUGAAAAAGGGUAACAUUGAACCUUUUCACACUACUGAGCCAAGCUGAGCUGUACUGGGCUUUCCGGGUUGCGCAUCAUCAUAGUUUCUGGAACCGUGCUAGAAAGGACAAUGUGAAAAGAAAAUAUCCCAGCCAACAUAGUAUGGUUAGGGUUGGCACUAUAGUGUUAAUCAGGCACAUAUGUACUGUAUUUGUGCAUUCAUGUUUGGAUGUGUCUCUCUCUGUGUCAGGUGAAGGUGAAGGAGAGUGAGGAAUGCACCGGGGAGCACGAGAGUUUCCUCGAGAGCCUGCUGAACGUGGAGAAGUGGCUGAUGAUUAUGAGGCAGAAGCUGGAGUCCUACCGCAGUUCUGCUGGGAAGUGGAGCGUGGACAACAGACAGCACGAGGCUGAGGUACUGACUUUCCACAUGUAUCUGUUAUGUACUGGUAUAGUAAGUUAUGGUAUCUUAUAGUAUGUUAUGUCUAGGAUAGUAUGUUGAUGGCACAACAGACAGCACAAGACUGAGGUACUGGUCUGUUAUCUUAAAGGGCAACUCCACCCCUUUUCAACCUCAUUUUCAGUAUCUCCCGCACAAUACCAAUGUCAACAUAUGUGAAAACGACAUUAUUAUGUUUUGUAGAAAAAUAUAUCAAGUAAAAAAAGUUAUACCCGAUGACAUCAUCAAAAGUUAAAACAUUUGAACAGUGCUACUCAUUCAAGGGUUUUUCUUUAUUUUUACUAUUUUUUACAUUGUAGAAUACUAGUGAAGACAUCAAAACUAUGAAAUAACACAUGGAAUCAUGUAUUAACCAAAAAAGUGUUAAGAAAAUCAAAAUAUAUUUUGUAUUUUAGAUUCUUCAAAUAGCCACCCUUUGCCUUGAUGACAGCUUUGCACACUCUUGGCAUUCUCUCAACCAGCUUCAUGAGGUAGUCACCUGGAAUGCAUUUCAAUUAUCAGGUGUGCCUUGUUAAAAGUUAAUUUGUGGAACUUUUGAGCCAAUCAGUUGUGUUGUGACAAGGUAGGGGGGGUAUACAGAAGAUAGCCCUAUUUGGUAAAAUACCAAGUCCAUAUUAUGGCAAGAACAGCUCAAAUAAGCAAAGAGAAAUGACAGUCCAUCAUUACUUUUAGACAUGAAGGUCAGUCAAUAUGGAACAUUUCAGUUUCUUCAAGUGCAGUCGCAAAAACCAUCAAGCGCUAUGAUGAAACUGGCUCUCAUGAGGACCGCCACAGGAAUGGAAGACCCAGUGUUACCUCUGCUGCAGAGGAUAAGUUCAUUAAAGUUACCAGCCUUAGAAAUUGCAGCCCAAAUAAAUGCUUUACAUAGUUCAAGUAACAGACACAUCUCAACAUCAACUGUUCAGAGGGGACUGUGUGAAUCAGGCCUUCAUUGUCUAAUUGCUGCAAAGAAACCUCUACUAAAGGACACCAAUAAGAAGAAGAGACCUGCUUGGGCCAAGAAACACGAGCAAUCGACAUUAGACUGGUGGAAAUUUGUCCUUUGGUCUGGAGUCCAAAUUGGAGAUUUUUGGUUUGUGAGACGCGGUGUGGGUGAACGGAUGAUCUCCGCAUGUGUAUUUACCACCGUAAAGCAUGGAGGAGGAGGUGUUAUGGUGUGGGGGUGCUUUGCUGGUGACACUGUGACACUUAACCAGAAUGGCUACCACAGCAUUCUACAGCGAUACGCCAUCCCAUCUGGUUUGGGCUUAGUGCGACUAUCAUUUGUUUUUCAACAGGACAAUGACCCAACACACCUCCAGGCUGUGUAAGGGCUAUUUAACCAAGAAGGAGAGUGAUGGAGUGCUGCAUCAGAUGACCUGGCCUCCACAAUCCCCUGACCUCAACCCAAUUGAGAUGGUUUGGGAUGAGUCGGACGGCAGUGUGAAGGAAAAGCAGCCAACAAGUGCUCAGCAUAUGAGGGAACUCCUUCAAGACUGUUGGAAAAACAUUCCAGGUGAAGCUGGUUGAGAGAAUGCCAGGAGUAUGCAAAGCUGUCAUAAAGGCAAAGGGUGGCUAUUUGAAGAAUCUCAAAUAUAAAAUAUAUUUGGAUUUGUUUAUCACUUUUUUGGUUACUCCAUGAUUCCACGUGUUAUUUAAUAGUUUUGAUAUAUUCACUAUUAUUCUAGAAUGUAGAAAAUAGUACAAAUAAAGAAAAAUCCUUGAAUGAGUAGGUGUGUCCAAACUUUUGACUGGUACUGUACGUCUCUGUGUGGCCACAGUCUAAGUCCCGUCCUGUCCUGUGUUAAUCGUCGUCUGGCCCUGUAGAGGGCACUAGGUGAGUUCCCAGAGAAGGAGCUGCAGCUGCACCAGACAGAGGUGCAGGGCCAGGGGGUGCUGGAGAGGACCUCUGAAGAGGGCCGGGUGCACAUCCUCAGGGACAUGAAGCACCUGAGGGAGUCCUGGAUGGCCCUCCAUGACCUCAGCCUCAACCUCUUCAGGUACACUACACUACAGUGGGCUGGAGGCAAAACUCAUAGAAUUAGAUACAGAACACUAGAAGGGUUACUUAUUCCUGACCAAGAUGGCUGCCAUUAUCACAUUCUAGAGCUAUGUAGGUCUAUGACAUCUGCCACUCUAGUGAAUGAUAGGGUCUCUAUGGGAGAAGUAAUCUAGUAUCACUACUACUACUACUACUACUUCAUCUGUAGUUUAGUGGAUUUCAGUUGAGGUCCUCGACAAUCUCUUAUGGCUUGUGCACAUUUAUCUCCAAAACCUUCUACACAGAAGUAAUUAUAUGACUUAUGCUGUCCCUGCAUCUGGGUGAAAAGUAUUUCAUGCGGCCAAUUACACAAUCCUAAGAGAUGCCUUCAGUACUUACUGUCUGUUGUUCCGUUCCCAGGCUGCUGAAUGGGCACAGCUCUGAGGACCCUGACUCAGACACCCAGAGGGAGAUGGUAAGAAGCCAGGCUGGGGAGAGGCCAGGCCCAGCCAGGGAGCUUUUUCCUGGGGAGGGAGGAGACAUGAUCAAGGGUAGAGGCUCCAGCAGCAGUAGGGAGGGUGCUCCAGAGAGAUCCCCAGGAGAGGGCCAUGGGGUCUGGCUCUCUCAGAGCUCUGGGGUGGGGGCUGUGAGAGGGGGAAGAACAGGGUCAGGAGGAAGGGUGGAGCAAGGGGAAGGAGGGGAGAGUUGUGGAGCAGAAGAGGGUAUUUGGGUCGAGGGAGGGUUCGAGGGCAGUGUGGAGGGUAUGGAUCUCUCUGAACAUGGGGAGAGACAGGGCAGUGAUCGACAGACUCUUGGUCAACAACUGAGUCCUAUGACGUUAACCUUGGGGGGCAGUCAGAGACGAGCACAGGACAAUGUGAGUGGAAGCAGGGACAGGGAAAGGGAAAGGGAAAGGGAGAAGGAGAGGGGUGGCGGUGAGCAGAGCCUGGGUGUAGAGGAGGUGGACUCCAUUGUUUGGAGAGGGGGGUACGUUGAGGGAGGAGAGGAGACCAGAGAGGGAACCACAGGGAUGACAUCAGGCCACACAGGAGGCAGAAGCACCCAGGGUGGAGGAGGAGGGGUGGUGGUGGGGGGCUCUGGGUCCAGGAGUAGCGGGUUAGUGGGGGACUCUGGCUCCAGGGUUAGCGGUUCUGGCUCCAGGGUUAGUGGGUUAGUGGGGGACUCUGGCUCCAGGGUUAGUGGGUUAGUGGGGGACUCUGGCUCCAGGGUUAACGAUUUAGUGGGGGACUCUGGCUCCAGGGUUAGCGGUUCUGGCUCCAGGGUUAGCGGGUUAGUGGGGGACUCUGGCUCCAGGGUUAACGGUUUAGUGGGGGACUCUGGCUCCAGGGUUAGCGGUUCUGGCUCCAGGGGUAGUGUUGUGGUGGGGGUGUCUGGGUCCAGCAGUAGCGGGCGGACAGAGGAGUGGGUGGACGAGCAGAGGUCCAGAGGGAUGGCUGAACCCCUGGCCAUGGAGGUAGACAUUGGGUUAGGGUCAGGCUCAGGGCUAGGACACGGCAGCAGAGGCAACUACGAAGAGGGAACAGGUGAAAUGAGAGACCACAGUGGAGGGGGAGGGGGACACCUGCGACACAGAGGCUCCUUCCCAUCUAUCAAGACCAGGAUGGAAGAUUCAGUCAUGGAGGGUUACACUCUGUCAUCCCAGCAAGGCUCUGCUAGAAAAACCUCUGGAGGGCUACAGGGCUCAUGUCACCACACCACGGUAUGGUUUCUCCACUGAUUCUAUUAACUCCAACCAUAAUAAUCACAUUUUCUAGUUCAUAAAGGAAGAUAAACUUUAAAUGGCCAUACUAUAAUUGACUCGUCUCUCAAUACUCUGUAACCCAUAUUCAACUACCGUUAUAAACUGAAACAUUAAGAAAAUUAGCUAACUGAUCCUUCUUUGUGAAAUAUCACCUACAGUAAGUUGUUGUUGAUGUUGUUGCUGAUUAUGUUGUUGUUGGGGUCCUUCAGGCAAGUGUUGGGGAAACCCUGAGUGUAGGGGACUAUGAGGACAGGAGGAGGGAGUUUGAGGCCUGGCUACGAAAGGAGAACGAUACACUCUCAGGGAUUCUCAACACAGAGGGACCGUUGAGCACCAAAGAACUCAAGAUCAGGCAGAACACACUCAUGGUUGGUGCUGAUGUUUCCUCUCAGAAAUAUACAGUAUUGCAUUUUCAGUAUUCCAGUAUUCCAUUCCUGUUUAUAUUCACACAAAAAUGACAAGUUACUCUAGGUCUGUGGCCGUCUUAUGGUUAGAGAUUGCUUAAAACAAGUUAUUUUCGAAGUAAUAUGCGUGCUACAUGAGAACUUCAUUAAAAAUGUGUAUUUCAUCUGUAGGACAUUCUGUUCAGAGUGUACCAAACAAAGCCCUAAGAUGGUAGAAAUAUACCUUACAGCGAGGCUCUGGCCUUCCUCUAGAAGACGAACUUUACCUUACAGUGAGGCUCUGGCCUUCCUCUAGAAGACUAAAUUUACCUUACAGCGAGGCUCUGGCCUUCCUCUAGAAGACUAACUUUACCUUACAGCGAGGCUCUGGCCUUCCUCUAGAAGACUAACUUUACCUUACAGUGAGGCUCUGGCCUUCCUCUAGAAGACUAACUUUACCUUACAGUGAGGCUCUGGCCUUCCUCUAGAAGACUAACUUUACCUUACAGUGAGGCUAUGGCCUUCCUCUAGAAGACUAACUUUACCUUACAGCGAGGCUCUGGCCUUCCUCUAGAAGACUAACUUUACCUUACAGUGAGGCUCUGGCCUUCCUCUAGAAGACUAACUUUACCUUACAGCGAGGCUCUGGUCUUCCUCUAGAAGACUAACUUUACCUUACAGUGAGGCUAUGGCCUUCCUCUAGAAGACUAACUUUACCUUACUGUGGUCAAAAGAAGUGCACUAUAUAGGGAAUAGGGUGCUAUUUGGGGCGCUAGCAGGCCAUGUUAGUGGUUAAGAUGUAUCUGUUAGUAUGGGAACACAGAGCACGCUUCAAAUUCAGUCAGCAGACAGUGGACAUUGAUUCAAGGCAGACAGGGAUUGGAGAUGUUUGAUUGGGGAUAUACUGUGUGUGUGUUUCAUUAGAGAUGAAGGAUUAUUCCUUCAGGAUUUACUGUGGCAUGUAUUCUCCUGUGCAAAGAUCCUGUGUAGACAUUACUCACUGACACAUUGCUUAUUGUUAUUACAUGAUGCAGCAAUUUCCCUGCUUAUCCCUCAGCCAAAUGCAACAGUUCAGGCUUCCUCAUUCUCCAUCCCUCUGUUGUUCACUCCCCUUCUCUCUUCCCCCUUUCUCUCUCCUCCUCUCUCUCGCCCUCUCUUUCUAUCCCCCCCUCUCCUCCUCUCUCUUCCUCGCUCUCUCUUUCCACCAUUUCCCCCCUCCCCCCCCCCCCCCCCCCCCCCCCCCCCCCCCCCUCCCACAGACCUUGCGGUCCAGUGUGGACUGGGGUCAGGAGCAGUUCCAGCUACUGCUGAUGCCUUGGGCUGUAGCCGGGGCCAGGGCUGACCGUGGGGCUGAGGAUGUGGGCAUGGAGGAGAUACGUUAUCGCUGGAUGAUCUACAAGUCCAAACUGAAGGACGUUGGAGACCUCAAGGCCCUGUUGAAUGUCAAGGUAAACGAUACUGUGCAAAUUGUAUUGUGCCUCUAAAAUGGCACCCUAUUCCCUUUAUAGUGCACUAUUGUUGACCAGGACCUAUUCAUAGGUUGCAGCUCGGUCACUCGGUCGCGUGGCGUAAUUGUGGUGCCCUAAAGUCAUGAUAAGCCCAGUCAUUCUGGACGGAGGCUAACGACUGCCUGGAAAUACGAUUACAUUGCUGAAGUAGUCAAAUGUUUAGUAGGAAACAACUUUGCCAGCAUUAUCAUGUCGUCAAAUUUACUUUAGACAAAUGGCAAUGUUGUCAUUAGCUAGCAAAGUUUGUCAAAAAUAGCUAGCAAUGCUAACGGUAGUUAGCUAAAAACCAGCGUCCUCCCCUCAAUCGUAGCUAACUAGCUAACGUUAUACUGCAUCUGAAGUCAAUCUGGCGACAUCAAAAUGAUGACAAAAGGUUUUCCUACUAAUUAUUUGCCUCCCUUUGAAUGGCAUUGUAUUUCUAAACCACUGUAAUGUACUUUUGAUGAAAUUUUCAUCAGCGCUCAUUGACGAUGCAUUGAGUAGAAUGCUCAGUUGGCCAUCAGUCCAGAACGAACGUUCAAAACAAUAUUGUGACGAAACAAACCCUGAAUAUACUGUAGCUCUGGACAAAAGUAGUGCACUAUAUAGGGAAUCGGGUGCAGUGUAAAAUGUACAUCCAGUAGAGGGCGUUAAAGAGUAUCCCAUAAUAAAGAGACGAUACAUUGGUCUACCACAGGGAUGGGCAUCUUUGAUGGGUUGGGGGCCACAAAAAAACAGAACUCAUCAUGAGGGCUGGCUCUGCAUACCCUCCCCCACCCACCUUGCAAAUAUAGGUUGUAUUUACAAUGUUGUUUGUGCUCCACUGGUUGCCCUUUUCUCAUGGCAAUGGGCCACAAAUCUUGCGGCUGUAGUUUUCUAACAAAUUUCCUGCAAUUCUACACAUUUUGCCAUAUGGGUGGAGGCAAAUGUUUGCCGUUUUUAAUAUGAUAACUGAUGAUCAAUGGGCCCCACCCCGGUCGGUAAUUCCACCAUGCUGACUACAAGUUUAGAUAGCUGGCCGCUAGACUAACUUACCAAUCUAAAAAUGUUUUUGCUGACAUGGGCUAAUUGAUUGACUGCUGAUGCACAACCAUAUUUCGAAAUUGCACCUUGUGUAUUCUAUUAUUCUAACUCUCAACAGCAAGUUGAGCCUCCUCCCUGGUCUACCACAAGGUAACAGUGUAUCAUCAAUGUUAGGUAAUGGUCUGACUGAACUGUACUGUAUAAAGCACAUGCAGUAUAUUGACUUGUAUGUUUUCUUGGUUUAUUUCCAGCAGGGUGCUGUUGGACGAGAGGAACACACCAGGACAGCUAAGGUACAGUUAAUAAUCGGUGUCAAUGCUUUUGUCUUGGUCAAACAUUCCUUUCAUAUUCAGUGUAGUUCAAACUGGAAAGUCGUGUGGCCUGGGGUGGUCCAGUGGUCUAAGCGCAGCCUAUGAAAUGCAUAUACAGUGGGGAGAACAAGUAUUUGAUACACUGCCGAUUUUUCAGGUUUUCCGACUUACAAAGCAUGUAGAUGUCUGUAAUUUUUAUCAUAGGUACACUUCAACUGUGAGAGACAGAAUCAGAAAAUCCAGAAAAUCACAUUAUAUGAUUUUUAAGUAAUUAAUUUGCAUUUUAUUGCAUGACAUAAGUAUUUGAUACAUCAGAAAAGCAGAACUUCAUAUUUGGUACAGAAACCUUUGUUUGCAAUUACAGAGAUCAUAUGUUUCCUGUAGGUCUUGACCAGGUUUGCACACACUGCAGCAGGGAUUUUGGCCCACUCCUCCAUACAGACCUUCUCCAGAUCCUUCAGGUUUCGGGGCUGUCGCUGGGCAAUACGGACUUUCAGCUCCCUCCAAAGAUUUUCUAUUGGGUUCAGGUCUGGAGACUGGCUAGGCCACUCCAGGACCUUGAGAUGCUUCUUACGGAGCCACUCCUUAGUUGCCCUGGCUGUGUGUUUCGGGUCGUUGUCAUGCUGGAAGACCCAGCCACGACCCAUCUUCAAUGCUCUUACUGAGGGAAUGAGGUUGUUGGCCAAGAUCUCGCGAUACAUGGCCCCUUCCAUCCUCCCCUCAAUACGGUGCAGUCGUCCUGUCCCCUUUGCAGAAAAGCAUCCCCAAAGAAUGAUUUUUCCACCUCCAUCAGGACCUUGCGUGCGCUGCAGGAUUUUAAUCCAUGACGGCGUAGUGUGUUACUAAUGGUUUUCUUUGAGACUGUGGUCCCAGCUCUCUUCAGGUCAUUGACCAGGUCCUGCCAUGUAGUUCUGGGCUGAUCCCUCACCUUCCUCAUGAUCAUUGAUGCCCCACGAGGUGAGAUCUUGCAUGGAGCCCCAGACCAAGGGUGAUUGACCGUCAUCUUGAACUUCUUCCAUUAUCUAAUAAUUGCGCCAACAGUUGUUGCCUUCUCACCAAGCUGCUUGCCUAUUGUCCUGUAGCCCAUCCCAGCCUUGUGCAGGUCUACAAUUUUAACCCUGAUGUCCUUAUACAGCGCUCUGGUCUUGGCCAUUGUGGAGAGGUUGGAGUCUGUUUGAUUGAGUGUGUGGACAGGUGUCUUUUAUACAGGUAACGAGUUCAAACAGGUGCAGUUAAUACAGGUAAUGAGUGGAGAACAGGAGGGCUUCUUAAAGAAAAACUAACAGGUCUGUGAGAGACGGAAUUCUUACUGGUUGGUAGGUGAUCAAAUACUUAUGUCAUGCAAUAAAAUGCAAAUUAAUUACUUAAAAAUCAUACAAUGUGAUUUUCUGGAUUUUUGUUUUAGAUUCCGUCUCUCACAGUUGAAGUGUACCUAGAUAAAAAUUACAGACCUCUACAUGCUUUGUAAGUAGGAAAACCUGCAAAAUCGGCAGUGUAUCAAAUACUUGUUCUCCCCACUGUAUCACUACAGCAUGGGUUUGUAUCAGCACACUCUCUCCUCUCUCUCCACUCUUUCCUUUCUGUCUUUGUCCUAUAAACAAACAAAAUAUGUACGGAUGGGACUGCUCCAGAGAGUUUAAAAACGAUAAAAGCAGCAACAGUCCCCCUUCAGUGGAGCCUUUGAGCCUCCCCACUCCUCUGGGCUUUAGUGAACACAGCUCUAUGGGCAAUAGGUCUGACCACUCAGGACUGACACCAAGUCAAGUGUGCCGUCUCCAACAAACCCCAGUUAAUUCGGAAACCCAGUAGGGUGGAGAGGAGAUUAAGAAAUGCCAUGCCCCCUCACUUUUUUUCCUCGCCCCCUCAGAUCCCCCUCUCUCUCUUUCUCUCUCUCUCUCCUUUUUUGUUUUACUUUUAUUUAACCUUUAUUUAACUAGGUCAUUCAAUUAAGAACAUAUUCUCGUUUACAAUGAUGGCCUCUCUGUCUCUCUCUCAACUCAAGUUCAAUUCAAAGGGCUUUAUUGGCAUGGGAAACAUAUGUUUACAUUGCCAAAGCAAAUUGAAUAGACAAUAAACAAAAGGGAAAUAAACAAGGGAAACAUUAGUCAACUUUAAACACAGAAGUUUUAAGAAUAUAGACAUUUCAAAUGUUAUGUUAUUGGCUAUGUACAGUGUUGUAACAAUGUGAAGGUAGUUGCACUAUGAAAGGAAAAAUAAAUUAACAGAGAAAUAUAGGUUGUAUUUACAAUGUUGUUUGUGCUCCACCGGUUGCCCUUUUCUCAUGGCAAUGUGCCACAAAUCUUGCGGCUUUAAUUGCACACUGGUAUUUCACCUAACAGAUAUGGGAGUUUAUCAAUGUUUGAUUUGUUUUCAAAUUCUUUGUGGGUCUGUAAUCUGAGGGAAAUAUGUGUCUCUAAUAUGGUCAUACAUUUGGCAGGAGGUUAGGAAGUACAGCUCAGUUUCCACCUCAUUUUGUGGGCAGUGGGCACAUAGGCAGACCUGGCUCUCAAGAGAAGACAGGCUAUGGCGUCCUCUCUCAAUAGCAAGGCUAUACUCACUGAGUCUGUACAUAGUUAAGGAUUUUCUUAAUUUGGGGUCACAGUGGUCAGGUAUUCUGCCACUGUGUACUCUCUGUUUUGGGCCAGAUAGCAUUCCAAUUUGCUCUGUUAUUUGGUUGAUCCCUUCCAGUGUGUCAAAUAGUUAUCUUUUUUCUUUCUCAUAAUUUGGUUGGGUCUAAAUGUGUUUCUGUCCUGGGGCUCUGUGGGGUCUGUUUGUGUUUGUGAACAGAGCCCCAGAACCAGCUGGCUGAGGGGACUCUUCUCUAGGUUUAUACAGUAUCUCCAUAGGUGAGGGCUUUGUUGUGGAAUGUGGGCAUUGCUUCCUUUUUAGGUGGUUGUAGAAUUUAACAGCUCUUUUCUGGAUUUUGAUAAUUACCGGGUAUAGUCCUAAUUCUGCUCAGCAUGCAUUAUUUUGUGUUUUACGUUGUACGCGGAGGAUAUUUUUGCAGAAUUCUGCAUGCAGAGUCUCAAUUUGGUGUUUGUCCCAUUUUGUGAAUUCUUGGUUGAUAAGCGGACCCCAGAACUCAUAACCAUAAAGGGCAAUGGGUUCUAUAACUGAUUCAAGUAUUUUUAGCCAGAUCCUAAUUGGUAUGUCGAAUUUUAUGUUCCUUUUGAUGGCAUAGAAGGCCCUUCUUGCCUUGCCUCUCAGAUCGUUCACAGCUUUGUGGAAGUUACAUGUUUAGGCCGAGGUAUGUAUAGUUUUUUGUGUGCUCUAGGGCAACGGUGUCUAAAUGGAAUUUGUAUUUGUGGUCCUGGCAACUGGACCUUUUUUGGAACACCAUUAUUUUUGUCUUACUGAGAUUUACUGUCAGGGCCCAGUUCUGACAGAAUCUGUGCAGAAGGUGCUGCUGUAGGUCCUCCUUGGUUGUUGAUAGAAGCACCAGACCAUCAGCAAACAGUAGACAUUUGACUUCAGAUUCUAGGAGGGUGAGGCAGAGUGCUUCAGAUUUUUCUUUCUUUCUUUCUGUCUGUCUGUCUGUCUGUCUGUCUGUCUGUCUGUCUGUCUGUCUGUCUGUCUGUCUGUCUGUCUGUCUGUCUGUCUGUCUUCUGUCUGUCUGUCUGUCUGUCUGUCUGUCUGUCCUGUCUGUCUGUCUGUCUGUCUGUCGUCUGUCUGUCUGUCUGUCUGUCUGUCUGUCUGUCUGUCUGUCUGUCUGUCUGUCUGUCUGUCUGUCUGUCUGUCUGUCUGUCUGUCUGUCUGUCUGUCUGUCUGUCUGUCUGUCUGUCUGUCUGUCUGUCUGUCUGUCUGUCUGUCUGUCUGUCGUCUGUCUGUCUGUCUGUCUGUCUGUCUGUCUGUCUGUCUGUCUGUCUGUCUGUCCUGUCUGUCUGUCUGUCUGUCUGUCUGUCUGUCUGUCUGUCUGUCUGUCUGUCUGUCUGUCUGUCUGUCUGUCUGUCUGUCUGUCUGUCUGUCUGUCUGUCUGUCUGUCUGUCUGUCUGUCUGUCUGUCUGUCUGUCUGUCUGUCUGUCUGUCUGUCUGUCUGUCGUCUGUCUGUCUGUCUGUCUGUCUGUCUGUCUGUCUGUCUGUCUGUCUGUCUGUCUGUCUGUCUGUCUGUCUGUCUGUCUGUCUGUCUGUCUGUCUGUCUGUCUGUCUGUCUGUCUGUCUGUCUGUCUGUCUGUCUGUCUGUCUGUCUGUCUGUCUGUCUGUCUGUCUGUCUGUCUGUCUGUCUGUCUGUCUGUCUGUCUGUCUGUCUGUCUGUCUGUCUGUCUGUCUGUCUGUCUGUCUGUCUGUCUGUCUGUCUGUCUGUCUGUCUGUCUGUCUGUCUGUCUGUCUGUCUGUCUGUCUGUCUGUCUGUCUGUCUGUCUGUCUGUCUGUCUGUCUGUCUGUCUGUCUGUCUGUCUGUCUGUCUGUCUGUCUGUCUGUCUGUCUGUCUGUCUGUCUGUCUGUCUGUCUGUCUGUCUGUCUGUCUGUCUGUCUGUCUGUCUGUCUGUCUGUCCUGUCUGUCUGUCUGUCUGUCUGUCUGUCUGUCUGUCUGUCUGUCUGUCUGUCUGUCUGUCUGUCUGUCUGUCUGUCUGUCUGUCUGUCUGUCUGUCUGUCUGUCUGUUGUCUGUCUGUCUGUCUGUCUGUCUGUCUGUCUGUUGUCUGUCUGUCUGUCUGUCUGUCUGUCUGUCUGUCUGUCGUCUGUCUGUCUGUCUGUCUGUCGUCUGUCUGUCUGUCUGUCUGUCUGUCUGUCUGUCUGUCUGUCUGUCUGUCUGUCUGUCUGUCUGUCUGUCUGUCUGGUCUGUUCUGUCUGUCUGUCUGUCUGUCUGUCUGUCUGUCUGUCUGUCUGUCUGUCUGUCUUUCUUUCUUUCUUUCUUUCUUUCUUUCAGGGGUUGAGAGGAGCCCCUCCCUCACCCCCUCAGAUCCCCACAGUGUGGGAGCCCUGGACAUUAUACUAAAUUCCAGAGGAUUUGCUCCAUGUUUUGGUGUAGGUAGAUGUUGCCUUAGCCAUUGUUGUAAGGUCACUUUAAGGGCAACUUGUAUCUGGAGUCUUGUUUUCACACCUCCUCUCCAUCUGUUGAUGGCUAAGCAAGUGGACAGCCUGUUCCCAAUUCUCUCUGCUCUAGGCAGAAGUUGCCUGUUGGCACAGGUCUAGGAUCAGUAUACCAUUCUACAAUCCUUUCCUCAACCAUUUGGGGCGAAAUGUAGAACUGUUCUCUCACUGUCUCUCUCUCUCUUUUUUCUCUCUCUCCGUCUCUAUCAGUGAGCUGUGAACGCAGCAGGUGCAUGGCUGGCUAAAAAUAAGGAGGCUAGUUAACUGAGAUUACCCCCAGGUUGUUGUUAUGAGAAAAACAACAGCAGACACAGAUGAAAGAAAAACUGUAGUGUCACUCACAGCAAAGUAUUGGUGGUUGAUGGAGCAGUCUUGUUGAGGUAGUGAACAUGAGUGAGUGGGUGAGGAUUUACUCGCUUCACUUGGAAGAACGCUCUGUGUGUGUGUGUCAUCCCAACCCUGAUUGUAUUGAGAGGGCUGUGAGCCUUUUCUAUGUUGUUUACCUAGCUAGCUAACAUCGACCCUACUGUGUGACCCUACUGUGUGACUCAUGUUGAAGUGACUCAGUAUAACACUCCCUUUAAAGGGACCAUCAUGUUCAUCUCAUGGAUGGUCAGUCCUUGCAUCCAUAGCUCUGUCUAUGAAUUAGAGAGUGGUUACAUUUCUCACGCCCAGCUGUUUACCCCCCAAAAAUUGACGGGUUGAAUUACGUGAAUUAAAAUGUGUUUGUUGUACACACUAGUGUUGUUUGGGAGUGUGUUUGUGUAAUUGACUAGGUGUGUGUGUGUGUGUGUAUAUAAACAGUAUGUGUGUUUAACCUCUCUAUAUUGACUCCCUGCAGAAGAAGACUCCAGGCCUGCUGUACCGUGUGUGUUGGGUGGCCCUGCCCCUCUGGCUCCUGCUGUUGGCUCUACUCCUCUUCGCAUUCUUCCUGCCCUGGAUGGACGAAGGCUCCAGCUGCUCUCUGUCCAACAACUUUGCCCGCUCCUUCAACAUCAUGCUCCGCUACGACGGACCUCCACCCACAUAG